CUCAGGAAGCUAUGAUUUCUCAAGGAAAGCCUCUCUCUCUCUCUCUCUCAUGGCGAAUAACAACAGCAACAGAGAGCCUGACAGCGCAGCUCCUGAGGCGGAGAGAUGGUAUAACCUAACCCUAGGUUCCUCCUUCAAUUCCCAAAACCAUCUUCCCUCUUCGAAAUUCUUCACUCUCAGAUAUGAAUUUAAACCGGCAUCAAUCGAUAAGAACCAAGCUGGUUCUCUUCACAAGAACAAGGAAAAUAGGGUUACAGUAGAAUUCCCCAAUAAUCAACCUGGAAAACCUAAAGUUACCUUUGAAGGUAGCACCGAAGACUACAAGGACAAUGAUGGGGUCUUGUUCUUCGAUGGUGAGACCUUCCGGUUGGAGCGGUUGCAUCGGGCCAUGAAGCGGUUGAGGCAUGUUCGGCUGCCCGGUGAGUCUGCCUCUGCAGCAGUUGCAGCUGCCGCCACUUCAGUUGGGCCAACAGUUGAGUCUCGUUCACCUCCACUUGGAAAGGUGGCAAAAUCACAGCCGUUGAAUAAACCAAUGGUGCAUUCAGUGCCUGUAAGUUUGGACCAAUGCCGAAUUUUUAAUUUAGAAAGUCCAAAACCUACUACCAGGAGCACUGAUUAUCUAUCGGUUCCACCAAAUCCAGCACCUAUAUCUCCGGAUCAGAAGAAUUAUGAACUGGAGGAAAACCUAGAAAUAGUCGAUGAUGAAGAUGGAGGAACCCCUGACAAAACCAGUACUGCUGUGCAGGAAGCAAACACUGGAUUUGAUAUCAACAUACCAAAUCUGAAUGACAUGGAUGAUGAGAUUGCCGAUGUGGAUGUCAGUGAUGAUGAGGCGGACAAGGGCCUAAAUGCCGCAGAAGCCCUGCGAGCCCAGGUGAAUGCGGAGGGAAGGGAUGGGCAGACUUCCAGUUCAAGCGGGAGCAGUGGGAGUGGCAGCGGGAGUUCAAGCAGCAGUAGUGACAGUAGUGACAGCGAAGCCAGUGACAAUGACUCUGUCAGCUCAGGUGGUGACGUGGAUAUUUGAGAUAUUGAAGGGUAAAUAAAAAUGGCCCCGUCUUUUGCCUAAAUGCCAGUAUUAACCUUACGAGAGGGAAUAAUUCAAAUUUGGCAAAAAUUGACAGUUACUAGGCCAAAUGGCAUUUUUGCCUCAUAAAUGAUUCCUCAGGUGGCUGCAGGAAACAAACCAGUCCCACAAGUGAAUGCGGCGUGGGGUUAUUUUGGUAAAUUUUAUCUCAGUGAGAGUAACAUUUUGAGAACAAGGCAAAUGUAGGACGGCUCCCACCAUUGUUGGUUCAUUGCAUGUUUGUUGUUAUGUGAAAUUCUCUGUAGGAGAUUUAUGGGCAUGUACCAACGUUCUAAGACCUA